GCGACCUCUUUAUAUACCCACGUCAACGUUAUCCUGCUACAACAUUGCAUUUUGCAUUUGCUCCCCAUAUUACACUUUCGUUGCGAUCGCGAUUAGCUACUCAUUAUGCAGAUGGUUUAGCUUGAGCUAAAUUACUGCCUUUUGCGACCAGAGGCUCAGCUAUUUACCAACCGAUAUACAUAUCGUCCGAAAUAAAUUCCACUCUAAAGAUGUCUUCAGUAGACAGAGACUCCUCACGCGAGCGUGAAAUGGUAGUAAAGCACCAAUACUCAUUCUCAUCAGAUGGCAGUCGCAUGAGCAUACCAAUGUGGGACAGCUCAGAUCCAGAACGCGCACCACCGCCUUUACCGUUAAAUCCCAAUCCCAAUUCACCGUCAGUUCGCCCAAACACGUCUGCAAAUAUCGCAGCGGCUGCGAGAGCCUUUGAAGAGAAAGCACGCGAGAGUGCCCCAGCCAGCUCAUAUACCGUCAACCCUAUGCCACAGAAGUCUCCCGAACGGUCUUUGAUCAAAGGCGCACAUCAUAGGCGGCUGCAAUCGUUGCAGCCCCCAAAUGUGAAGGAUCUCCGAAGUCACCUUGAUGGCGUCAGAACACCCGAACGCUCACCAGAACGACCAGGCACGCGGAAUGGAACGCCUUUAUUCGGCCGUGAAAUCGAUCGAGACUAUUUGGGUAGUCCAGGAGAGAGGAGUCCCUCACGCAUUGAGACGCCCACGCCAACAAUCAGAGACUUUGCAAAAGAAGCUUCGAGCGUCCGGGGCAGCAGCCGGCCUCCUCCUAGAGCUAUACUCGGCGAGAAUACACCUCCAACUUCUUCUACUAUGCUGGCGUUGCAGAAUUUGCAAUUGAAGGACUUCGACAAGCCAUUAUCGGACAUCACAAAUGGAUCAAGUCCACGAAAGCCACCAGGGAUUGACGACAUUUCACAUCAGAUCAGAAGCCUUACAACCAUAGCGGAGAAGCUCAAGGAUGACAUGGAGCAGCUUAGCCGGCGAAGCAAGGACAAUGCCGUGGAUCUCAUGGGUCUGAAAGACGCAGCUUCGGCACGUGACGAGGAUAUCCGAAAAAGCCUGAAGGAACUCGUCAGCACCAUGAACAACUCCCCAGCGGCCUUUCUAGGCAUGACGAGCUCUCUAUCCCGGUCGGGGAGUGCUGCUAGCGAUGCAUUCACGACAGCUCGGGACCCUCACACCACUCCGCAAGCUGUCCCAAAAUCUUUCACUUUGCCUAGAAUACCUUCGCCGGGCACUUUCUUUGAAGAUGUCGUCGGAAGCCCGAAUCCUUAUUCGGUCGAAGGAGCUGCGAGUGUCGCUAUGCUUGAGAAGAUUAUUAGGGAGAUGGUCACUAAGGAAGGCCAAGAAAGGCUAUUGAAAAAUCUCUCACAGCUCCUCGAGAAGGCACGAGAAGAUUCCGGCGAAACUGCGAAAAAGGUGACGGAACUAGUGGAGUUCAUCAAGACAGGACCACAAAGCCAGGCGCUUAUUCGACACCCUAGCAGCGCUGAUAGCAACGGUCCAGUCUCAGCUGUUGAUCUUGAUGGAACCGGGUCGAUAGCCUCCAAAAACUUCCAGAUGCCACACCUCGCUCACCUCACCAAGCCAUACACAAGCCCGAAGGCCGCGGAUUUCGUGAGCGAGGAGAUGCUCAAGCUGCUACGAAGGAUCAAAGAUAGCGUUUCAGAAUCGGGCGGCAUGACUUCAGAGGUCAAGGCUCUUGUACGUGAUCUCCGAAGUGAGGUUCUCGGCAUGGGUAGAGAAAUUGGCCGCAAAUUGGAAGACAGCGAGACGACGUCAGAUCGAACCGUCGUUGACAGCAAAGAAGAUGUUGGCCAAAUCGUACGUGACAGCCUCCAGGAACUGAGAGAUCAAAUGGAUCGUGUCAUUCGUGAAAAGAGGCGCCAAUCAUCAUCGACAGUCAUGUCUCGAAGUACUGUUAACAACCAGGAGGUCUACGAUGUCGUCAAGCAUGCCUUGGCCGAGCGUGGUCUUGAUCAAGUCUCCGCGCAGGCUCAGCAACAAGGUAUUGAUAAGGAGUCAAUCCUGGAAGCUGUGAAAGAAGCCUAUGAAGCCUACAAACCCGAGAUUGAGCUACAACAAUUCGGGCUGGAGCGCGAGGAGAUUCUUCAAUGCUUAAAAGAAGGACUCGAAGAGUAUCGACAAUCGGCCGAGCAGCCACCUCGCGGCAUAGAACGGGAAGAACUCAUGGAGACUGUACAAGAAGCAUUGAUGAAUUUUAAUCCCCCACGACCAACUACUGAAGCAGAUGAAGUACGUCAAGAAAUGAUGGCCGCGUUCCGGGAUUGUCUUGAUGAAUUCAAACCAAGCCUUAAUGAUCGUGAGGCUUCUAAUCCCCGGGAGCUGGAAAUCAACCGUGAUGAUCUUUUCGAUGCAGUCCGAGCUGGUCUCGAGGGCUCUCGCACCCCAAUUGGGGCUCAAGUUCUGGAUAGAUUACAUGAUAUCCUGACUGAUAUGCGGUCCGAGUUCAAGUCAUAUUCAUCUGCCAAUGGACGAGACACUGAGCAAGUUCUGGACGCCAUGAAGGAUGGUCUCGAGACUCUUCGCACCGAAAUCGAGAGCUACGUCGACAAAGCCCAGGACGUCACGGGCAAGGACGAAAUCAUUGAAACUAUUCGCAAUGGCUUCGAAUCUCUCAGAGGUGAAUAUGAACAAUCUGUAUUGAAUUCAGCGCAAGAGGGCCCUAGCAUGAGCAAGGCAGAUAUUCUCGCCUACAUCAAGUCUGAGUUCGAGCAUCUACACGAGACGAUCGGUCCCAACGGGGCUCCAGGGUUGGACAAGGAUGAAAUGGCCUCGAUGCUCAAAUCAUGUCUUUCUGAACUCAAGGCUGGUGUACAAGCACUUGAAGAGGAAGACGGCCAGGACGUGAAGCAGAUGCUUAUGAGUGAAUUCGAGCGGCUCCAAGAAUCUCUCGCCGAAACACAUGCGUCUAACAAGGACGAAAUUCUAAGUAUACUCAAAGAGGAGUCCGGCAGCAUCGUUUCUCGUUCAGAACCUUCUUCGCAGUCAAGCGAGGACCUGAUUGCAUACAUGAAGGAAGAAUUCGAUCAUCUACGGGAAACACUCGCAGCGACCUUGAUUAACUCUAGCGCCGCUAUGGCGAAGGACGAUAUCCUCGACGCGAUCCGCGAAUCCACUGAAGGCAUACAAUCGAAGAUGCAAGACUCCGAACAAGGGUUGACCACCGAGAAGCUGACAGAGAUCCACGAAGAGAUAAAAUCCCUUCAGGAUAGUAUCACUUCUAGCAUGGUUAUGGGACAGCCAAGUGCCGGCAAGGAGGAGAUUUUAGAUGCCAUCAGGACAGGUCUAGAGGGUCUGGAUCUCUCCAGAGGGACUGACAACGAAGCACAAGAAACUUUGCGUGCCGAUCUCGACAGUCUCCGACAAAUGAUCUCUCAAGGCAUCACUCUCCGAAGUUCGGGAGCGGACACGGAAGAAGUACUGGAUGCUGUCCGCUUAGGCCUGGACGAUCUACGCUCACACCUAGAGAAAAAGAUUGAUAAUCCUGAACGCCACAUGUCCGCUACCAACGAGCUCUUGGACGUACUUAACGAUGGACUAGACUCUCUCCGCGCAGAUGUUACCAAAAUUGUGGACAAGCCUGUCGAUAUGACAGUCUCGUAUGAGAUCUUGGAGACACUCAAAGAUGGCCUCAGUCGCCUCCGCGAAGAUAUGAAUCAACUUAAAGGUGUGGAUAUGACAGGCGGGGAAUCUGCUAUCAUCAGCCGCGAAGUUGUGCUUGCAGAUGAUCCAGAUGCGCCUGUGGCGCGCGAUGCACAAGAUUCGAUACCCUCUGCCGAAGUGUUUCACCGCCAGGAUUUCGAGAAAAUAGAGGUUGCCCUAGCACAGAUCCAGAUCAAAGUGGAAGCAAUGGAUGCGAAUAUACAAAAUCCAAUACCAGCUCCUCCAAAUGAAGUAACAGAAGAUCCAGUGCUCAAAGAAGACAUUGCAUCGAUCGAAGCAAUGCUCAAGGAGCUCCAAGCUACCGUCUCGGUCAUCGCAUCACGGGACAGCGAAGGAAAAGAAGACACCGAAGCUAUUGAGACUCUUCUGAGGAACACCAAGGCCAAAUUAGACGACCUAGAGUUUCCUGAUCUUACUACUCUAGCCUCGAAGGAGCAUCUUGAUAUCAUUGAAGCCGGCCUGAAGGUUGUCAACGAUGCCGUGGAUGGCCUUGCCGCCAAGUCUGAGGAGUCAGGUGCUUCAAAGGCUGACGUUGCCGUGGUCGAGGUCCUCGCUGGUGACAUCAAAGCUGCUUUGGAAGCAUUGGUCGCCAAGUCUGAAGAGUCAGGUGCUUCCAAAGCUGAUGUUGCUGUGGUUGAGGUCUUGGCUGGUGACAUCAAAACUUCAUUGGGAGAAUUCAAGGACAUAUUCACCACUAAGGAAUCGGAAAUGAUGACAAAAGCCGAUCUUGACGUCUUAGGCGUCCUGUGUACCGAGACGAAGAACAAGAUCGAAGAGCUCAAGAUCCCUGACAGCGAUUCUCUUCCCGCAAAGGCCGAUGUAGACCAACUCAGAGGUCUGCUUCAUGAUUUCCGUGAAAGUCACGACAAAAUGAAGGAAAGCUACGAAAUGGAUAUUGCUAUCACCGCAAAGGCAUUUGAUGAUCGAAAAACUGAAGCCGAGGUGAUGGUCGAGAAGAUCGGGAAUGUCAAAUCCGCAAUGGAGGAAUUCAAGGAAGAGCUGUAUAAGAAGCUGGAAGAGGGUUUAGGAAUGGAAGGCGUCAAAGAGAAUGUGAAGAGUCUCGAGGAAACCAUCGCAACCAACUUCAGUAUCAAUGCUGACGUCAAAGAACUCGUCGAAACUGUCAACAGAGAGUUUGAGAGGCUACAAGGCGCUGCUGAUGGCUUGAAGAUCGACCAAGACGAGAAGCUCGCUACUACACUGGAAAAGAAUCACGAGAUCCGCGAUGCUGUCGUUGAAGAAGUCUCGAAAAAGCUCGACGAGAGGUUUGACUCCAUCAUGGCGAAAUACGAUGAUACUACGAUCUUAGCCGAGGCAUCAGUCAAGCUACUCGAGGAGAAAGCUACCAGUCAAGAGGAAUUACUCUCGGGAGCCAAAGCAAUGACUGAGGACUUGAAUCUGACAAUCGCAACUCUCGGCACAGCUUUGACCUCCUUUCAAACAACAUUUACCGAGGUUUCCGAGAAAGCAUCCCAAGACUCUCAGACAGUAUUUAGCAAAGUAGAUGAGAUGGCCUCAAAGCUCAACGACCUUCCGACAGACGGCCGAGCAGAUCAUGAGGAGACUCGUAGCAAAGUGGUCGAAACUCUUCAUGCUGUUCAUGAUAUGCAGAAUGAGAUAACGGAGCACCACCCGAAGUUUAUGGUCACGCUUCAGGAGGUUUUGGCUCUCGUCAAUCAACACUAUGAACACUCCCAGAAGGCUGGGCAGAGUGCGCAAGAGCAGAUCAAAGAGGCGACCGAAGCUGCCCGAGCGAACGCAGAGGAGUUAAAGAACAGUUUCACAGCUCUUCCCGCGCUUCUGCCGCCCCCGCCCGCUGACCCAAUCCAUGUGGAACAGUAUGAUGAUGCCCAGCUUCAUGAGAAGUUGGACACUUUGCUUGGACACGCCAACGAUACUGGGGAGUCAGCAGCGCAACUUGAAAGGCUUGAUCAAAUCCAUUCUCAAGUCAUGGCUACGGCCGCAGAAGUCACUAAUUUCGUAUGCAACCAGACGAAAUUGAUAACUGAAGGCCAUGAAAGCAGAGAGAAGGAAGCCGAAGAACUCGCGAUCGCCAUUGAGCGUCGCCUGGUCCAGAAGGAACAGCUCGAGUCCGAUGUUCUCGAGCUCCGGGAAGAUAAGGAAUCUUUGCGAUCGUCUGUUGAGGCGCUCAAGGCUGAGCGUGAUGCUCUAGCUGCCGAGAAAUAUCGCCUUAAUGCAGAUGUUGCUGCUUUCCAAACCGCACUCAACAUCCGCCGUGAAGAGCUACAGUCAAUGGAUGCCAAGGCUGAUGCAUUGGAGCGCAGAAUUCUAGAGGGCAUAAUGGACCAUUCUCGUGCGAUGUUGUUCGCCAAGUCUGCAAAAUCUCAACCCGAGCGAGUUCAGAAGCCACAGCGUACUGUGAGCAAUGCUUCUCACAGCACCCUAUCGAGCCUUCCACCCCCGAGUGCUGCUGCAAACGGACUUCAUUUCGCAUUGAACUCCAAGCGUCCUAACAUCCGCAGGAACGCUCCUCAGCAAGCCGCACGUCGCAUACUUUCCCUUAGUCAGAUAACCGGUAAUGUGCCCACGGGAGCGCAAGCCUAUGCCGCAUCUCCACAAACAUCUUUCAACAACAUAAAGCGCAGUCAGUCGGUUAAGCACCAAUAUGGAGGUAAAGCCCCUUGGGCCGGCAAGCGCGCCGUAUCAGAUGUGGCGAACAAAGAAAAUGGUUCUCUAAAGGAAGAGUCAGAGCAUAGCUAUCACGAUCUGAGCGUCGAUACGCAGGGGGAUCAUGAUGUAUCGGAAGCUCAUGAAUUGACUCUUGCGUCCCCCCACGAGUUAGACCAGGACGACCUUUGUAGCGACGCUGGAACGGAGCGUCGUCAUAGUUAUGAUUCUCACAUGGAAGGAAUCACACCUGGCGCAGAAUCUGAUCGUCGCCUGAGUUACGAGACCAACGGCAGUGAACACACAUAUGGCAGCUCGUAUGCAUCAGGCAGCUCGUCUGGUACGUACCGCAGCACCAGUUACGGCUCGACCAUGCGAUCCACACUUGGGGCCGAUACGGUGAUCGAUGAGGAAGACGAGGACCAGGCAAGCUUUAGGUCGGCAUCUGAAGAUGGUGAUCCCGAAGACGAGGAGGUAGAUCACACAAGCCGUCCGGCUUCCCCGAAAGGCAGUCCUGUUGUUACUCCAAGCUCCGAGGAAGUAGAAGCCAAGGAUGUCCUGGGUGACUUGCCCUCCCCGAGCAAGCCGAAUUUCGAUACUGUCGGAGGAUCUCCUCGCUCUAAAAGAUUCAUUUAUGAUAGCGAUAGUGGACUAGGCACAGAGUUGCCUACUGCGAAUGCGGGAUCCGAGAGCGAGGCAGACUACUUUCGUCGACAGGCUGAGGAGGAAAGCACAUUGAGUGGAAAUUGAGUAGAAGACAUGUAUGGAUGAAGUGGUUGGCAAGUGUAUUCACGUAUUCUGUUGGUUGGAUUGGGAAAGAGUCCAGUCCUAGAGACGGAGUUCCUUUGUUUCUACUUGGUAGCGUUAUGAGGUUGGGAGCGUCCACGGUUGACUACUGGUUUGGCGACAUUGGAGUCUGAUUAUGAUAGUCGAGGAUUGUUCCGGGAUGCACAUUUUAUACUUUAGCCGAUGAGUUGAGACUCUUCAAUGGCCUUGGUUCUUAUACUGUACGCGUGCACAUCCAUGUUCCCGUGCCAAAAGACCUGAAUUUAAUGCUCUACAACAUGCAUAAUUUUGAAAAAUCAUAUAC